UUGUGGAAACCCCAGUAAACGACUUGAUUUGUGUGGUGCGUGCGUGUCUGUUUGGUGUCCGUAACGCCAGGAAGCGAAUGCAGAGGAGGUUAAUUGAUACGCCUUUGUUCUUGUGCUCACUUCCACUUAUUCAUUGGUGCAUUUUUUUUCAGUUUGUAUAUUACGAAAUACGUGAUGAAAUGCAGUAACGGUUUUAUGUCAGUAUUUAUUUGACGUGGAUGAAUCCGGAAAUAUAUCCACACUAUGGGAGGAUACUCAAAUUUCAUCGAUAAAUUACGCUGCUGGAAGAGGAAAAAGACAGCGCCCCAGGAACAGAGGACGCUAUUUGUCAACCGGAAAAUUCCAGAGGAACUCCACAACCCUCCUGCCAAACUCCCUAAGUAUGCCGACAACAGAAUCAAGACGUCCAAGUACAAAAUCUACACUUUCCCCUUCAAGAAUCUUUACGAGCAGUUUCGUCGAAUUGGAAACUCGUACUUUCUCUGCGUUGCGAUCAUAUCGCUAUCGAUCGACAGUCCCGUCACGCCCUGGACGAGCAUACUGCCCCUGUUAUUCGUCAUCGGGGUCACGGCGGUCAAGCAAGGUUACGAAGACUGGAGGAGACACGUGGAGGACGACAAGGUCAACAACGUACCCACUAGAGUGCUCAAGGAUGGGAAGCUGACGGAAGUGCGGACGAAGGACAUCCUCGUAGGAGACGUGGUCGAAGUGGCAGUAGAGGAACAGUUCCCCUGCGACCUCCUGCUCAUCCUGUCUUCGGAUCCCGAGGCGAAGUGUGACGUCACCACGGCCAAUCUGGACGGCGAGACAAACCUUAAGACGUUUUUUUGUCCGGACGGCACACAGCAAUUACAAACACAAGAAGACCUGUGGGAAUUUAGAGCCGUUAUUGAAUGCGAGGUACCUCACGCCAACCUAUACGACUUCAAAGGAAGGCUGGACGUGUACAGCGGCAACGCCGGACCUGCAAAAUCUUCUCUCUCUACAGAAAACCUCCUCCUCAGAGGGGCCAGACUUAAGAACACCGAGAAGAUCUAUGGUGUUGCUGUAUACACCGGGGAGGAGACGAAGAUGGCCCUCAACACCAAAAUGACGAGAAACAAGUUUUCCACUGUUGAAAUAAAAAUGAACUACUAUUUAAUCUUCUACCUUGUCGUCCUACUGGCCGAGGUCAUCGUUUGCACAAUCCUCAAAUACGAGGUCUACUCCUUGAAAGGCGAGGAUGCCAUGUGGUAUAUGGAAAACAAAAAUUACACAGGAAAUGGUACCACUGUCAACGAGGUCUUCCAGGAUGUAUUUUCAUUCCUGAUUAUCUUCAAUUACGUCAUUCCGAUAUCGCUCUACGUCACGUUAGAGGUACAGAAAUUCUUUGGGAUUCUGUUCUUCCAAUGGGAUGACGAAAUCCGGUGUGCUCAGUCGGGGGAAAGAGCCAAAGCCAAUACGUCUGAUUUAAACGAAGAGUUGGGGACAGGUAUGUAUAAAGACCUCGACGUCUUCCUUGAGACGCUGGCACUGUGCCACACUGUUCGAGUAACUGUCGACGCCAGCAGAGUCGAGGACGGCCUCGUUCACCAGAGCUCAGAGGGUGCCGCAAAACCGUUAGCGAAGUUCCAGUAUCAAGCAGCAAGUCCGGACGAGAAGGCGCUGGUGGAGGCGUGUGCUUCGUUUGGUGUCAUAUUCGAAAAACAACAGGGUAACCAGCUAACACUCGAUGUUCGAGGUGAGAAGAGAACCUUCACAAGACUCCAAGUGUUAGAAUUUGACUCAGACAGGAAGCGCAUGUCAGUCGCGGUGAAGGAGAACUCGACGGGUCGCAUCUGGCUCCUGACGAAGGGCGCCGAGAGCAGCGUCUUCCUGAAGUGCGACCUCCAGAACGACCAUCAGCGUGAGAUCCACGCACUGACGAACAAACACAUUGACGACUACGCUAUGCUCGGUUUAAGAACUUUGGCUGUUGCAAGAAGAGAACUGACUCCAGAACUCUACAAGGAGUUUUCUUUAGAUCUGAACAAUGCAAGACAGAAACUCGACGGAAGGGAGGAGGCUGUGGCUGAGGUCAUGAACAGGAUGGAGGAUGACCUGACGCUCCUGGGAGCCACUGGAGUGGAGGACUUGCUCCAGGACGGAGUGCAGGAGACCCUUGAAUCUCUGAGAGUGGCGGGCAUCAAGGUUUGGGUCCUAACCGGGGACAAGGUGGAAACCGCCGUCAACAUCGCCUAUUCGUGCGGUCACUUCAAGAAGUUUAUGACCGUCAUGAGACUAACCGGUAUCCAGAGCAGUAUAGGGGCUUCUGAAUUGCUUGCUAAGUGCGACGAAGAUUCGCAAUACGACGGGCAUUACGGUCUGGUGGUGGACGGUGCCUCCCUGCUGAUUCUCUUGGACAACCUGAAAGAGGACUUCUACAAGGUCUGCAGGAGAUGCACUGCCGUCGUCUGCUGCAGGAUGUCGCCUAGGCAGAAGGCGGAGAAUCUCAUCAUCUCCCUCUUCUUCUUGUUCCUCCCUUCUGCAGGAAUCAUGGGCAAAGAGGGGCGCCAGGCCGUCAGGUGCUCGGACUUCGCCUUCGGGAGGUUCCACUUCCUGAAGAAGGUCCUGCUGGUGCAUGGGCACUGGUACUACGUCAGGGUGUCGACUCUGGUUCAGUAUUCCUUCUACAAGAACCUCACCUUUAUCACGCCCCAGGUCUUCUUCGCUAUCUGGAGCGCUUUCUCGACGCAGACCGUCUACGACAGCAUGAUCCUGACGAUGUACAACAUCACCUUCACGUCUAUGCCGAUCUUAGUCUACGGCCUCUUCGACCAGAACAUCCCCGCGGACCUCCUGAUGUCUCGCCCUCAUCUCUACCAGGCGAACGCAGGGAACGCCGCCAUGUCUUGGCCGACGUUCUUCAAGUGGAUCGCCUUCGGUGAAGAUGCCGCUUUUGAUUCAGUCUUCUUCGUCUUGGGCUUGGUCCCUAGUCGGGGUCGUUGUAUUCAUUGGGUCUCCUGCGGUGGCUUCUGUUCUGGGUCUUCCUUAGUACUAGUGGCCAACUACUACACCCAAUUCUUCAUCUGGUCUGUGAUACUGACACUGAUCUUCUACGUCGUCCUGUGUCUGUUGUAUGAAGGAUUCAUUAUAGAGGUCCUGGAAAACUACGAGAUCUUCUGGUCCUUCUAUCGGAUGUAUGAGAGUGCGUGGCUCCUGCUGGCUUCCAUUCUCCUUGCCGUCGUGUGCCUGAUUCCAGAUGUCAUACAAGCUGUCUUCUUGUCGUUCUCGGAUGAAAGAAUUGAGGAAAGACUCCGGGAGAAGAAGCGUCAUCGCCACAUGAGGAUGGAAGUCAUCAGGGCCUACUUCAACGAAGCCUUUGAUCCUUCUGAGGGCGACAGGACCCUGUGGGACGCCAGAGGAAGAGAAUCCUGGGAGGAAGAUGCCCUGGGAGCUGGUCCCAGAAAAAGGUCUCUGGACAAGGAAAACCAAGACAGGCAGACCAUUUCGACGGGGAGGGCAUCCACACAGAGCACUGGGUCGAUCAAAAGCGACCUAGGCUCCCAGUCGGCUUCUCAGUCCGGAUCCUGGCAAGGAACCAGCGUCAUCAUUUGA